AUGUGGUUUGUGGAGACUCCCGGUCGCAAGAAAUACACGCGCAAGUCCAUCAUCUCGAAUGGCGACAGCGAAUACGAGUCUACGCCCGAGCCCGAAGCGAUUUGGAAGCUUUCGUUCAGAGAGACCAAGGCUGCGAAUGGAGACGCAACGCUCAAUGGCAAUGGGAAGCUUAACGGACGUCCCACUGGCAUCCACGGUGCUGCAAAUAGGCUUCACGACCGCACAAAUGGACAAUUGAACGGCAAUACCAACGGACACGCCAACGGCAAUGCGAAUGAGAAAAGGGUCACGACAGCAAGUGAGCAGCAUGAAGAAUUUGGCCCGUACGAUACCUCUGGCGAGACUGAGUUCGGUGGAACCCUCGGCAUGUCUGCUAUGAUGAUCGGCUUUCCUGCUCUCAUGUACUACAUGUGGAUCGGCGCGUACUUCUACGAUGGCAAGCUCCCAGCACCUGCUGACGGCGAAAGCUGGGGUCAAUUCGCACAGCACAUGUGGGAUUUGAUUAAAACCGAGGCGUACCCCAAUGCUCGCGCGUGGAGGAUAUACUGGGUAUUUGGACUUGUUCAGAUGGCCUUUUACAUGCUCUUACCAGGCGUGUACCGGAAGGGCAAGCCGCUCCCUCACUUAGGAGGCAAGAUGCUAGACUAUUACUGCUCAGGCAUGUGGUCCCUGUACACCAGCGUUGCCAUCGCGUUGGCCUUGCACUUUACGGGUGUGUUCAAGCUGUACACCCUUGUUGAUGAGUUUGGUCACAUUAUGAGUGUCGCCAUUAUCUCCGGUUUCCUCUGCGCUACCCUUUGCUACUUCCAAGCCGUUGUUCGUGGUAAGACCAUCCGCAUGACUGGCUAUCCCAUCUACGACUUCUUCCUUGGUGCGGAACUGAACCCUCGCCUCUUUGGUAUCCUUGAUUUCAAGAUGUUUCUUGAAGUUCGUAUUCCAUGGUACAUUCUUCUCUUCCUUUCUCUCGGCACCUGCUUGAAGCAGUAUGAGCAGUAUGGCUAUGUCUCAGUGGAGGCUAUCUUCCUGUUAUUCGCGCAUUACCUCUACGCAGGCGCUUGCUCAAAGGGUGAGCAUCUGAUCAUCACCACCUGGUAA